GGAUUCUAUAGACGUUGACGUCGGGUUUAACGCACAGGAUCGACUCGUACUCGCCCUCAGCCGCCAUCUUGAUUCUACUGUUAUUGAGUGAGGGGGCGGAGCCACGCAGGAGCUGCAGACUGCGGAACCGGAAAUCGCAGCGUCGCUUCGUCUCCUCGAAGAUUCCUGGAUAUCUUCUACAAGAGGUGUAGGCUCUGGUUUCUGACAUCCUGAGACAAGCCGAUGCAGUCAGGGGGAAAGAGAGAGACCAGCAGGAUGAAUGCUCACUGAGCCAGUAACUGCACUCAACCUACACAAAAUAUUAGACUUUGACAGGUGUACCUAUUUUAAAGAUCCUGGAGGUUUGAUUCCUCACCCCACCCACUAGACACCAUGUCGACCUCGAUGCUUCGCAGACAACUGAAGAACCUGGUCCAGAACUACUCUGAGGCUGAGGUCAAGGUGAGAGAGGCGACAUCUAAUGACCCAUGGGGCCCAUCCAGCUCUCAGAUGGCUGACCUCUCUGACCUGACUUACAAUGUGGUCGCCUGCAAUGAGAUCAUGACGAUGCUCUGGAAACGCCUAAAAGACGACAAGAACUGGAGACACAUCCACAAGUCCCUGACACUGCUGGAGUACCUGUUGAAGACUGGCGACGACCGCGUUCUUCUGAAAAUGAAAGACAACGUCUACAUCGUCAAAGCUCUCACAGAGUACCGCUUUAUAGAGAAGGAUGGAAAAGACCAGGGUGGAAAUGUUAGGGAGAAAGCCAAGGUUGUCCUUGUUCUCAUGGAGGAUGAUGACAAACUAAAGGAAGAAAGAGACUUUGCUUUCAAGACCAGAGAGAAGACAUCAAAAGGUGCUGCUGCCUCAUCAACGGACGCUGUCAAGGAUCCCAACUACAAGCCGGUCUUCGUUGCCGGAGCCUCAGGCCUUCCCUGCUUAGACAACAUACCCUCAGUUGCAGACUUGGCUGCUUCUUUCAAUGCCCGCAAAGAGGAGCGGCUUAAACAGGAAGCUGAGAAGAAAGAUGCAGAGAGGAGGGCCAAAAUGAGUGAAGAUGAGCUGCAAUGGGAAGAUGCAGGCAAAUCCACUGGGGAUAAAGUAGAAGCAUGGGGAGGCGAUAAAGCAGAGGACAACGAAAAGGAGGAGGAUGUGGAACCAGACCCAUGGGGAGCCCCCAAAGAACCAAAAGAGGCCACUGAUCCAUGGGGCACACCCGCAAGACCUGCCACAACUGACACAGCAGCCAGCAGUGAUCCAUGGGGGGCUCCAACCAAAACUGAUGAAGAUACAUUUGCAGCUCCAAAAACCAAAGAAGAUCCAUUCGCAGCACCAAAGAAUGGAGAAGAUCCUUUCGCAGCACCAAAAGAUGGGCCUGACCCAUUUGUGGUGAAAAAUGAUUCAGAUCCCUUCAGUGCACCGAAAGAUACUUCGGACCCCUUCAAUGCACCUAAAGACAAGGAGGAUCCAUUUGCUGCUCCAAAAGAUAAACCAGAUCCCUUCAGUUCAUCUAACAAUGAUCCAUUUAAUGCACCAAAAGACGAUCCCUUUAAUACCCCAAAAGAUGAUCCAUUUAACGCCCCAAAAGAUGAUCCAUUUAACGCCCCAAAAGAUGAUCCCUUUAGUGCACCUGCAUCAACACCCCCAAAAGAAGACCCAUUUAACACCCCAAAAGAUGAUCCUUUCAACGCCCCAAAAGAUGACCCAUUUAAUACCCCAAAAGAUGACCCAUUUAACACCCCAAAAGAUGACCCUUUCAACACCCCAAAAGAUGAUCCCUUUACUGCACCUGCAUCAACACCCCCGAAAGAAGACCCAUUUGCAGCACCGACACCUGCUCAAGAUGACCCCUUUGCUGCUCCCACAACGCCACCUAAAGAGGAUCCUUUUUCGGCACCAUCCAAACUGUCUAAAGACGACCCCUUUGCUGCUCCCACAUCGCCACCCAAAGAGGAUCCUUUUUCGGCACCAUCCAUAUUUACUGAAGAUGAACCCUUAGUCGCAGCAACAACACCACCUAAAGAAGAUCCUUUCUCAGCGCCAUCCAAACCUGUAAAAGAUGACCCCUUCACCUCACCAACAACACCCCCUAAGGAGGACCCAUUCGCAACACCCUCCAGCCCACCAAAAGAUGAAGUCCCAGAUCCCUUCAAUGCCCCUCUGGUGAGCCCAACAGCAGGCAGUGCUGAUGCGUGGGGAGCCCCUGCCACCUCUCCACCCCCCACUGGGUCAGAUCCUUGGGGGUCAUCAUCCCCUCCACAGGUGAAAGAAAAGGAAGGAGAUCCCUGGGGAGAUGGGAAAAGCGCUUCCUCUCUGCUUGAUAAUUCGGAUCCAUUUGGGGACACGUCCAAACUGGACAAUGACCCAUGGGGAGCUCCAGCUGCAGCUCCAGCCAGUGCAGAUGAUGCAUGGGGUUCACCUGCUCCACCCGCAGACUCCCCUACAAGUGACCCCUUUGGAGACGGAGCAUCUAAAGCCAAUGAUCCGUGGGGUGCACCGAGCAGCGCAUCUAGCAAUGGCACAGGAAAGCGAACAACACGAGAAGAGGACACGCAUAGAAAGACUGCUUCAUUUCUGGGCUCGGCGGGGGCGUCGCUGGUUGACUUGGACAAUCUGUUUUCUUCUAACCCCAAACAGCAACCCCCGUUCAACACACUCGCCGCCCAGACACAAGCCAUCGGCACUUUUAAAGUCAGGGGCAUGGCGUCAGACCCUGUGGUCAUUUCAGGGGCUGUUGCAGGGGUGUCCCUCUUUGAAGCAUCAGUCCAACCUGGCAGUCCUUUUGGUUCCAUCCCUGCGCCCUCUUACGGUGCAGCAUUUCCCACUUUUGGAGCUGCCAAUCCUUCCAGUGAAACUCCCCUGUUUCAGCUGCCACCCCUCUCCAGUAGAGGGUCUCAUUCUGGCUUUAAUAUGCUUCAGAUGGCUCCUCUGGGAAUGGUACAACCUGCUGCUGUAGGAGAGAGUUCACAGAUUGGAUUUAACAUGAACCCCACCAGGGUUGGAGUGGGCCUGUCUGAACCCUUUGUAUCAGGGGCAGGAAUGGUCCAACCCAAUUUCUUUGGUGGGGGUCAUCACUUUGGAGGUUCCACUCUGCAACCCGGGGUUGGAGACCCCUUGCAGCCACAGUUACGCUCAAGCAGCGGUGCGACCGUGAACAAAAACAAUAAUCCAUUCCUGUUCUGACAACUUGACCGUGUAAACCCUUAAUGAAAUACGUCCAAAUGUUUCAAUCAAAAUUUUGCACAUAAAGUUACAGGGACCACAUAAGAUUUUGCAUGUUUAUCCUUGUAUAACAUGUAUACUUCAUGUAUUUAUCGCCAAACAUUUUCCAAAGCAUACCCAUCGAGACUGCACAUCGCUUUGCUGAGUAUCUUCCGGGCAACUUUGUGGUUUCAGUUAUCCUUAUUAUAACUGAAUUAUGUUAUGUUACGAAAACCAAAAUGCAAAACCUGCUUGAGAAAGGUAAUCCAUUACAGAGAGGGAACUCAUUUCUGUCUUAUGCCUUUCUUGCCGGUGUUAAAAUACCAUCAGUUGCUUUACUAGCACAAAAACACAAAACACAAUGUGCCACCUACUCUCAAAGCUCAGAUUGCUUAGAUAAGUGUCCUAAAAUGCACUAAGAAGGCAGUUUGUAAUGAAGUUAGCAUUCAAUGAUUUGUUAUUCUGACAAAAAACUAAUAUUUGCUUUGUUGGACUGAAAUCAAUUGUAGCCCAGAAGAUACAGUAGAAAACAAUAUAAGCAUUUAUGGUAUACUUUUGGAAAAUGGGCAGAAGUAACAUAAAACCUGCAAAACCACUUGUAUAAUCCGUCCAGACAUCCAGCAGCUAAAUCCUAUCUUAUGCCUUUCUUGUCAGUGUUAAAAUACCAUCAGCUGCUAUACUGGCUUUGUUUGUAGGCAGAUACUGUUAAGAAAGCUCAUUUUGGAAGGCAAACAAUAAGCAAAAAAAAAAACACAA